AUGAGGCUUCAAUUUGGAAGUCAAACGAAGCUUGUUGUGGUUAUUUGCUUCUUCUGGUGGCCAAUUGUUGAAUCACAAGUAUCUAAUCCUCUACCAAAGCCUGCAAGGGCUCUGGAUGCAACCUUACAAGACUAUGCGUAUCGCGCGUUUGUUCAUCCGCGUACCGGUGUUCCGUUUGAUGGAGUUGUUCCAUCGUAUUUGACCGGAAUCGAGAUAUCAGCAAUGAGGCUCAGAAGUGGUAGCCUGUAUCGUCGAGGCGUUGAAUCCUUUAAGGAAUUUGUAAUUCCGGUUGGUUUAAGAGAGCAACCAUAUGUGGAGAGGCUGGUUUUGGUGUAUCAAAACUUAGGGAAUUGGUCCACAACUUAUUACUCUUUACCUGGUUACAUUUAUCUAGCUCCCAUAUUAGGUCUACUUGCUUAUAAUGGUUCAGAUUUGUCGGCGUCUAAUCUACCAGAACUCGAUUUUUGGGCUUCAGAGGAAGCAAUUACAAUUAAUUUUGGAAGGGUAAGCCCGAUACCCGUUGGUACGGUUGCAAAGUGUGCUUGGUUUGAUCUACACGGUCAGGUGAACUUCUCAAGUUUGUUAACUGGCAAUGUAUGUUCGACUACCGAACAGGGGCAUUUCUCCAUUGUAGCUGAAUCAGCUGUGCCUCCUGUUUCCGUACCUCCUGCACCACCUGAACAUACGCCGCGUGGACAUACACAUAGUAGAAAGUACAUCGAGGAGAGGAUUUGGGGUAUCAUCGGCGCAGCAACAGGUGGAACUGCAUUGUUGGUGUUAUUAGCAUUGUUGAUAUUGUGGGCAUGGCGGUACAAAAAGAGAAAACGACUGCGUGAAUUAGAAAGGGCUGCAGAUGUUGGUGAAGCAUUGAGGAUGACCAGAAUUGGGAGCAUGAGAGCACCAUUUGCAUUGGCUACAAGAACGAUGCCGAAUUUCGAAAGCGAUUUUGAUGCUUGA